CUCAUUUUAUACCAACAAUAGACAACCAACUGACUUCUUAGGACAUCGCCGAGAAAUUGGGAAAUCUGCAGCCAUGUACAAGUUUGUCGCCUUAGCUUUUGCUCUCUGCGUGGCCGUUGUGUACAGCCAGACUUCUUGUAGCACCAGCCACGACUGUCACCCAACACCGUGCCACGACGCACACGUCGCCUCAUGCAACAGCCACACCAAAGUUUGUGAAUGCAACGACGGCAACAACCACCAUGAAAACCACAACAACCACGAGAACCAUAACAACCACAACAACCACGACGCCGCUGUAGGCAAGAGAGCGACCUCGUGCAAAGCUGACCAUGACUGUCACCCUCCUGUAUGUGGUAACAGCCAUCAUGGAGUCUGUCAGAACGGACAGUGUGAUUGUGACGCCCCACACGGUCACCAAGAGUCCCACUUUCAUGUUCGUGCCCACAGCGCCAACUGUACCUCUGACGACGAGUGUGUGACCCUGUGCGGCAAGGACCACGCCAAAUGUCACCAUGACAACAUGUGCCAUUGUCAUCUACAUUAAAGCCUCACCCAGACCUCGGCUUGGGAAGAAUGUCAUCAAUAUGUGCUUGAGCAAGCUCGCACAAAA